UUCUCGUCUACGUUUCACACACUGAUUGCUUGAUUGAUUGCUUGAUGGGCAAUGAUUACCUGAUCACUGCAUUGCUCUGCGGACCCGAAUCGCUGUGACGGCGUGCCCAGCCAGCACGCGCACCAUCGGCCAACGUCAUCCAUCUCUUCACACAUCACACCCACCACCCUCACUUGGGAAACAUGUCAUUCUUUGGCUUCGACACCAACCUGCCCCGCGAUCUGCCCGGCCAGUCUCGCUCGCGGGGCAUCUUCGAGCAGCAUGAUCCGUUUGGCGGCCUUGGACCCGGUGGGGACGAUGAUGGCGAGGUGCUCAAUUUCGAGGAGACCUACGACGGUCUGGGUCGGCAGCUCGACGAGUCCGGCGAUACAUUCAACGACGACACCUUCGGCGGCGAUCAGCCCGUGACCCGAGAGGCCGUGGGCAGGGACUUUGAUUUCGCCGGCCAGACCGCCAAGGUUCGGGGAGAGUUGUUGGAAGAGCAGGUUCUGCAUCAUGCGAGACAGAGCGUACAACCCACGCGCUAUGGAAGCAGUCAAGCGGCGCGGCCCAAGAGGACAGGAUAUGAGGCGUACAAGGAACCGGAGUAUAUCCCUAAGCUCGAGGCAGAUGCAUCCAUUUGGGGCACUUCUUUUGGCAAGAAGCCUGCUCAACAACAGGCCCCCGCCAGGCAAGAGGCUGCUCCUGCCCGCAAGAUGAUGAAUCUGGAGGAAGUGGAGGCCAUGAUGCGAGCGCAGGCCAAACCAACUCCCACUCCGCCUGCCGAGCUGGACAAGCAAAGUCAAGGAUUGAGGGACAUGCUGGGUGUGGGCAUCAGUACGCCCACUCCUCCGCAAGUGCCUCAGCAGCAAGAUCGGUCAAGACAACAACAGCCCAUCCAAAUCCUACAGCGUCCGCAGCAAGCCCAACAAGAGCAGCGAGGCCAACAGCCCCUCCCGGACUUCAACGCGCCGCCGCCUCAGGUUCUCCAAAGACAACAAUCUCCUCAGCACGCGCCGCGUCCCCAGUCUCAAGACUUCCAUGGCCAACCACCCUUCCCCAUGGGCCAUCAGCAACAGAUGCCAGGCGGCGCGCCCUCCGCCCAGUCUUACCACUCGCGAGGCCCCAGUCAACAGCAAAUGUCUUCUCACGCCCGUGGCCCCUCCUACGCCGGCCCGCCCAUCAUUCAAGCCCAGCAAAUGAUGUCCAUGACCCCGAAUGACCGCGAGUCGUAUCUUGCCGAGGAAGCCAAGCGUGCCAAACGCAAUCACAAAAUCUUCCUGCUCAGCAAGAACAAUGGUCUCAUGACGCCGCAAGACAAGAACUUCAUCACUCGUAUCCAAUUGCAACAACUCCUCACCGCAACGGGAGGUAUCGACAAUGAGCCCGGAAGCGAGGAGCAGCUUUCAGAGGACUUUUACUACCAAGUCUACGCCCAAAUCCGCGGACCGCCGAGAUCUGGCCCCGGCCAGCCAUUCAGCCAGUUUGCCCAGACGUAUCUCUUCCAGACAGGAAGCCGGUACGGGUAUGGACGCAGCCGACAUCAUCCUCGUGGUGGUGACAACCAUGUCCAGAGGAUGGAGCAGCAAGUCGCUCGUGCAGUAGAAGCGGCAAAGGCUCGACCCAAGAACAAAUCGUUGGUCGUGGAGGGCUCUCUCGGGAAAAUCGCAUUUAGCAAUUCCAAGACCCCGCGGCCGCUGUUGAGCAUCAAGAGACCGGAUGCUGCAGCAGAAGGCAAGGCGCGCAAGCAUCAUGUUCCCACCGUCGCCGAUCGCAAGGCCGCACUGCGCGACAUUGAGAAUCUUUACUCGGUUCUGAUGAAGCUAGAGGAUCACGAAAGACACCUACCCCCGCCGCCCAACGAAGACUCCCCGCCCGAGGCUAUCGAAGGGCAUAUGCGAUGGAGAAGUGAAAUGCAAGAGCUGAACAGGCAGCUCUGGGAUGCAGUGAAAGUGAUGGAAGCCAUCGAUGCGAACCCCGGCCGCACCCACCCCUUCAUCCAAAUCCUCUCCCACAGCAAAGGCAAAAAGGCCCUCCCGCGCAUCUUCCGUCACCUCGACGACCAACAGCGCCUAACAAUGCUCACGCUCAUCAUCAUCCACCUCGACAUCCUCGACGUCAUCCGCGACGCCUACCCGCCCGCAGACAACACCCCGCUGCCCGCGCGUCUGAAAGACGAAAUCGAACUCUUCGCCCAGGCCGUCAUGCCGCCGCUCUUCAGCUACGUCAACGACGCCCCGCUCGCCAUCCUCAUCGGCCUCCUCGGCCUCGUCCUCGACCGCGUCGCCGUGCAGGCCCUCGUCCGCACGAAAACGGGCCUCUCCAUCCUCACCAUGCUCGUUUCGCGCGCUGAACUCGUCGCCCAAACCCCGCAGACCCCCGCUGAGGACCGCGCGCAGUGGGCAGAGCUGUACACCCGCCUCUUCGACGUCGUCGAGCCUGUCCUCCCUUACGUCUUCCCGACCGAUACUUCUGUUUCCGCGGCGGACGACGUGUACGUGUGGCAGUUCCUGGCUGCCAUGGGUGUUGGCGCGAGCCCGGAUCAGCAGCAGCGGCUUGUGCUGGGCGUCAAGGAGCGCGUGAUGGAGACGGUGGGCGUGAGCCGCAGUUUGCCCGUCGAGUUGCGCGAGCGCCGGCUGGGCGAUGUGAAUCUGUUCAUGCGAGCUAUUGGGUUGGAUGUGGAGUUGUUGGCUUCUUGAUAGUUUGGGUAGGAGGACGAGAGUAGUGUUGUUUAGUCCGGUAUAUCACUUGUCAUGACAGUCUUGCGGUG